GAAGGAGUUGUUCAAGAUGAUCAAAAUAUCGGCGUUAAACGAGGAAUCCAGCGAAGAAAGUGAAGAAGAAGAUGUACCGACAAUUACGAAAGAAGCUCAAGAACAAAUAGCUCUUACCGAAUAUAACAGAGCCUUAGUUUUACUAAAAGAAAAUAAGCAAGAAGAUGCUCUAAAUAUUUUUAAAGAUCUAUUAGAAACUGAACUAUUGGACGAAGUAGAGAAACCUGAAGUGCCGGAUGGUAGAUCCAGGCCAAUGUUGUCAUUGAAAUAUUCUUGUUUUAAGAAUAUUGCUGCUAUACAGGUUGCAUCUGGCAAUUACGACGAAGCUAUAGAAAAUUAUUGGGAAGCAGCAAAUUUGGAUAAUUCGGAUGUAACAUUAUGGUAUAGAAUAGGCACAUUAGCUAUGAAAACGUCUAACUUAGAAUUAGCUUGUUCCUCAUUCAAACAAGGCUUGAAAUGUAAUUCUAAUCAUUGGCCAUGUUUAGAUAAUAUGAUAACUGCCUUGUAUGCUGUUCCUGAUUAUAUGAAUUGUCUUUUGUAUAUUUCUAUGGCAUUAGAACGAGAUCCUCACUAUGUAAAAGGCUUGGCUUUUCGUGAUAGAAUAUUUAAAGACAUUCCAUGCCUUAAAGAAUGUUAUAAAUUAUAUAAUAGUGACUGGCACCUAGAUCCCCCAUUGUAUACAGAAUAUGAUCAUAUGGUGGGAGAUAAAUUAUUAGCAGAAGCGAAGGAUGUCGCCGAAAGGUGGGCACAAGUAUGUAAAAUAGAAUUUACCCCGAAACCUCUGCCAGAUUUAGAACUCAGAAAACCUGUAAAAAACUACACCUGGCUAGAUUUAGGAGAAAGUCUAUUAGAUAUGCACAGGUACAUAAUGGAAAGCGUCUCAAGUUUUGUUAGUAGAAUUAAGCUGACGGUUCUUAAUCUGGAAGAGACAUCUUCAAAGACAAAUACCGAAGCAGAUAUCAUAGGAAACAACAGCGAGAAUACAUAUGAAACUCUACUUACAAAUACAAUUAUAAAGAAAGAAAGUGAUAACGAGAAAUUAAUUAAAAUGGACAUCGAUGAAAUGAAUUUCCCAUUCGAAUCUACAGAUGACAGCCAUGCGUGUAAUGAUAACGAUAUGGUAAUGCAAGUUGAGGCAGAAGAUGAUAAAAAGUCCAAUUUCAGUGAUGUACAAAUAAUAGAGGACGAGGAUCCUCUGGGAAUUUUGGGUAUAAAUCAAGGUAUAUUGGAACAGAAUCAGGCAAAGAACGAGCUAGAGGAGCAAAAUAAUUUUGAAACAUAUGAAAACAUAGACAAAUUACAUUCUGAGAAAGUCACAGAAGAUGUCUAUAAUAAUGUUGGAAAUGAGAUGCAGAAUGAUAAAGUCAGCGAUAAGGAUGGCGAGAAACCAUACGAGAAAGACUUGAAAAGAAAUGAUGAAGUGCAAUCCAAGACGGAAGAAAAAUCUAAUGAAAAGUGCGAGGGGAAAGAAGAAGUCCAAAAAGUAAAAAAAAGACGUAGGAGUGCUCUCUGCUUCCUGCAGCAAUGGGCCUGGAGUUGCAAUAGUAUGAGACGAUCGGCAAGAGUGAGAAGCUCGAACAGGAGAGAAGCCGAAAGGGACGAUGUUCAAUUAGAAGAGACUCUUCGAAGAAUAUUCCCUACCACUUUACUACCAGAUUCGGUAAAAUUAACUAAAGAUGAUCCUUCAAAGAAUAUAGAUGACUCUAUGGACACAAUGGAUUUGUAUCAAUUAUUCACUAAUCAAGAAAAUAAUAGUAACAAUGCUACAGAGACUGUUAAAAGCUCCGAAAGUUCAAAGUCACCUAGUCCAGACAGAAGUCGACAGCAGAAUUAUUUUGGUACAGAAUAUGAAAUAGCUGAUGUAAAUAUGUUCAUCGCUGAGCACAGUGGUAAAAGCAAUUUAAUGAUAAUCAUAGCAAGAUAUACUGAAUUUUUAUGUACUAAAUGGGAUCAAGAGUGGCCGAAAGGAAUGUCCGAUAUCUAUUUACAAGCUUAUACAUUCAUGAGAGAUCACAUUUCACAUCCAUCACCGUUCGAAGAACACGCGAACAACAAUAUUUUGAAAUUGGAUGCCGAAAUGACUUUAUUAUUUGGUGAACUUCAUACUGAUACAUGGUUGAGUAAUAAACCGGAUAUUGUACCUUCUUCAACAUUAGAUAAACUUGGCACAGGUAUGCCAUCGGAAGAACUGGGUCAUAUAAUAUUUACAAGUGUGCGGAGAGAUAUUAUAAAUGAAGAAAAUAUUUUCAUACUGGUGAGAGUUCUAUGGCUUAAAGCCAAUAUUUUUCUGUGUCAAGGGGAUACAGAUAUAGUAAUCGAAACAUUAGAAUUGUUAUUGAGCCAUAUGAAAGAAUUGGAGAAACGGAAUCAAAAUGUUUAUCUGAAAUUACCGAACUGUAAAUACAACUCGCAGAUUAGCAUUAAAAUUGUGGAGAAAAAACUGAAGUCUAUUCAGAGGGGACAGAAGCUUGGCGAAAUACAAACCUUACACGAUGAGAAGAAGUAUGCCGAGUUAGCUUACGUAUUACAAGAUACGUUCAAAUUCGCGAAGCAAGGAAACAAAUUGUUGUCUGUCAGCGACAACAUAGUGGAUAGAGUACAACAGUUGUCCAUGUUAUUAGACAGCUUAUGGCAGCUGCAGCAAUAUGAGGAAUGCUACGUGUGGGCUGAGGCCUGUCUCAACGAAGCAUGGCAAAAUUACUUGAAUUCAACUGACGAAGUCGAACAAAAGAAAUGGACAAGUUCUGUGUUGAUGGCAUUGGAGAAGUUGGAGGCAUGCACAAUCGAAGUCAGCACAUUUGUUCUGAAAUAUUUGCCAGAGGCUCGUCUCUCCAGAUUAGUGCAAAAUUUGGUGCACAUUGUGUGCAAUCAGUUAGACGUAUCAGAGACCACUGUAGGGUUGCCACUAGAAACCGUCCUUCCCUGGAUUCUGUUACAUUAUAUUUUACAAUAUAAAGAGGACAAAGAAAGAGCGAAAGUCGAGUCAGCAUACAAGAACAGACAACACAGUUCCAACAACUAUUCCGAGUCGGACGAUGAAGACGACGGUGUGCCGGCAUCCAUCAUGAUUCUAUUUAUUGCCCACGAGUUCAUGGGCAGGCAUUCUUGGUGUUGUUACAACGAAGCAAAAUUAUUAUUUUUCACGUUGAACUUGGUUAUUCCAAAAUUGGAAACGCCGCAGUUUUCCAGUAUAAAGAGUAAGGUCUCGAAGUAUCUGGAACAAAUAUUCUACUGCUUGUACGGCCAUUAUAAUAAGGUGAACAAGGGACGACCUAAACACGUGGAGGAACACGGAGUGCCUCAAAUGAAGGUCACCUGGGAGGGAGCACAAUUACUCUUCGAUUUUUACAAGCCCAAGCAAAUACCGGAUUAUUUAUCGCCGAGGUCUUUGACAAUCAGUUCAGACACCGAAGAUUUGUUCAAACGCAUAAUCAAACUGAUCCCCCCAGAGAGUGAUCCGAACCAAGUGAUCGACGAGAUGAUGGCUUACACGAUGGGCGAGCGAGACACUAUGCCUACGGUGAAGAAGCUUCUGCCGCAUUCCAUGUCUACCAUUUACUAUUUGUUGGCCGAUUUUUACUUCAAGAAUUGCAAAUGGAGUGUGGCGAUACGAUACUAUCUGCUAGAUCUGUGCUUUCAUCCAACCAGAUUAAGCUCUUGGGCAGGCUUAGCAAUGUCGUCGGGCACUGUGAUAGAUUCUUGGUUGAACAAGUACAAGCCUAUAAACGAAGAUAAACUUCUAGCGAAAGCAAAACUGACCCAAUCCAGUUACAAACAUGCCGUCAAACUAGACUCCUGUAAUCACAUCAUAUGGACAGAGUAUGGGAACUUCGCCUAUGUUGUUCACUCGUUUUGUUCGCGACUGUUGAAACAGGAGACUGAUACGUUGAGCAUGGAACGAUUCGAGAUUCUAGAGACUAGGAAAGAAGAGAUGCUAGAAAUAGCAAAUCAGUGUUUCCAAGCCUGCGCUCGUUUGUUCAUUGAAACCAAGGAUGGACCGAUACAGCAUGACGAGAGGUGGCUCUAUCAGUAUAUGCUUGGGAAAGUCGCAGAGAAAAAGAAUCAGGAGCCACCAAUAUUUUUAGAACAUUACGCAAAGGCCAGCGAUCUAUUGUAUCACAACAAUGCACAAUAUCCUCGCAGAAUAAGCCACAAUAGUCCCCAGCAUCUCUCGGUGGAAGCAUUGGAGGUCCAUUAUCGUAUUCAUGCGAGCAUAUUAAAGUAUCUAGAGCAGCAUGAGGGCAAGCCGCUGAAGAAAUCGUUGGGGCAGCUGCUACAUUUUCAUUUGGAGAAAUGUGCCGAUGGACCCUUCAUGAAAUACAGUUCGAAGCUGAACGACAAGAACAAGGAGGACGGACUUUUCGCCGACAAGAACGGUAGUAAAGAAGUGGAGUUCGCUGCCCAGGGAGAUAGGAACGUCGUCACUGUUUCUCAGCGAUCGAACAGCAUCGAGGAAAUCGAGAUAGUCGACAGAACGAACAAAGGCUUUAGUGCAUGUAGUCAGCGUGUCUUGAACGAGAAAUCGGAAACACGGAAGAGGUCACCCACCGACAUGCCACAGGACAAUCCGAAAAAAAUGAAGAUGGGCAACGUGUCGCAUUUGCAAUUGAUGCAGGACGUUGUCGCUCUAAUAGACGACGUAAUUUCGAGGGUCUGCGAUAUGGUCUCGCAAAAGGAGAAAAGGGACGACAUUAUAAUGUUGUCCAGCGACGAGAGCAACGAAUCCAAGCAACAACAGAAGAAGAAAGCAAAGAUGAAGAGUGUCGAGACCAAGAAAGCUCCAUCGAGCACGAUCAAAAUGGGUAACGUAUUCGAAGGCGAGACGAAAUCAGAGAACGUCCAAGACUUGAUGGAUGCACUGAUGAAACAGGCGAUGGAGAUCAGCCAGGAGACAAGACAGUCGACGCCGGAAGACGAGGAUACGCGAAAAUUCGACGGGAAAUGGUUGCAGAACGACGAUUUACAGUCCGCCAAUAAAGAACCGAAAGACAAAACAGGGGACAAGAAGAAAGUGCUUAACAAGGAGGAGGCGUCCUUGAGCAGGAGAGGCUCGCAAGAAAGCACCACGACGACCCAAACGACGACAACAACUACGGAAACGAACAACACUAGUUCUAGUAGCAGCGACGAAUCCAGCAGCAGCGACGAUAGCUCCGAUAGCGACAGCUCCAGCGAAACAGAAAGCGAUUCUCCAGGUGAAAGCGACGUCGACGAGAAGAGAAAGAAGGACACCGAUUUCGCGCAGAAAGAGGAAAACAUGAGGGACGAAGAUGUCGCGACUCUGAUAGCGUACUGUCUAGCUGGCCUGGAACAGUGCGUUCUGAGAUUUUCUGAACAUUACAAAUCGUUCUACAGACUGUCGCACUUCUUCUUCAACAAUAAGACUGCCAAGGACAUCACGAAAUGCAGGAACUUGUUGUUGGACACUUACAGCUGUCAGUUUUACCGCGGCGAGAAUUUCCAAGGACUGUUUGCUGAUAGAAAAAGCACCAAUUUCUUUAGUGGCGUGUGGCAUAUACCUAAUCGCGAAGUAGAUAGACCCGGGAGUUUUGCAUUUCACAUGUCGCGGUGCGUCACGUUGUUAAUGCAAGUACUCAAAGAAACAAACGAUGGCCGCAUGCUAAUGCAGUUGAGCGUACAGUUGGGGAAAACGCCAGAAUCGGACAAGAAAUACUUACGCGAUUCGGAAAGGGAGCAAUUGUCUCGUCAAGCAUUGACUCUUUGUUUGCAAUCUCUGCGAACGAAAGUGCAAUUGAUGGGAACGGCCACUUCUGAUCCCAUAUCUAACAAGAAUCCAGACAAUAGAACUCAAGUGCUUCUGGAUACGUUCUGGGUGUAUCAGAGAGCUUUAAAAAGUUUCCCUCCCAAGGAGCAAGCUAUCCAAAUGCUCUCUGCCUUGCUAGUGGAUACGUACAAAACAUACGUGGGUAACAAAAACUUGGAAGGAAACGUAUUAGAGAUUGCUACGAAGUUUUGCAACGAGUACAAUUAUAACCGCAAGGUCCUUAGUAAGCUACUCUCCAAUCUCGACAAACCUUCCACGGAUGCUCAAACACAGCCUCAAGCUGCGUCGCCGACCCCUGUGGUCACAACGCAGAAUCAAAUUAAUUCUGCUUCGCCACAGUCGUCCCAAAGUCGGAAACCGUACAAGAGUCUGACAUCGACUGGUCGACCACGAGGACGGCCACCAAAUGUAAACAAGUAUUUGCAGGCGAUGCAGCAGGGCGCUAGCCCCAUGAAUCAAUUCAACGCGAAAGCAAAUUUUCAUAAUUACAUGGACACAUCCAGUGGAAAUCGUUCCCUGAUUAAUCCAUACUUCAUGCAUCCGUUGGUAGAUCCGAACAUGCUAUCCACCAUAUUAACCAGCGGCUUGAGCGGUAGCAUGAUGGAUCCUCUGUCGGCCAUGAAUUAUUUGAACCAAAUAGGAAGUUAUCAAGACAUAUUCAGACAAUAUCAGAACAAUUUGUCUUCGCUGACCAAUCUUGCAGGUGGUUUAACCAGUACUAUCGCCAGUGCAUCCAGCAUAAAUAGCGUGCCAACGAUGAGCACUGUCGCUCCCAACAUCAAUAACACACCCAGCACGGGCAUCAAUAGCUUGGGCAACAUGAACAAUCUGACGGUGCAACAAUUGCUGAGUUUGAGUAACACGACCGGCACAACUGCUGCACGGUCUACGGCUAUACAUCAACAGCAGGCAGUUACGACGACCACGUCGAUUGCCAAGGAUAGGCCCAGCAUAUCUAUAACGCCGGUCAACACGGUGCCACCUAAAACGAAACCGUCAUUGAAGCAAAGCAGCUCGCAAAGCGAUUCGUUGUUGUCGGCUCAGCUUCCUAAGACUCUGCAGAUAUCUCAACCAUCGAAACAAACGUCUCUACAACCACCAACUACUCAAGUUUCCCUGCUAAAGCCAUCGGUUGUUCAACAACAACAACAACAACAACAACAACAGCAGCAGCAGCAACAACAACAACAACAACAACAACAACAACACGUCAAAACCAGUCCACCGAAGCAGAUGAGCGCUCCCCAAAUACGAGUCUCAAAGUCAUUAACCGAACCCCAACCGGCUCACAAUCCUUCCUUAUCACAUUCCCCAUUGAAAAACAACGCUACCACGAGUGCAACUACCGUGCCACAGGCUGCACAUUCAACGAUCGGUGCAACAAUUAGUAUCAAGCAAUCGUUAUCGAUGAACGUGACUACCCCUCAAUCGGGUACGUCUUUGCAACACAAGUUGCUGUCGAAGAAAAACUCUCAGCGAUCGUAUUCACAGCUCAGCACGCAUAAUCCUAUCAGGAAGACGAAACCGUCGACUAAAGCGAUGCCUCCGUUGCCUACCAGCUUCUCCGAUCUGUUGAACACUAUGCCAGCUAGUUCGUCCUCCAUGACCCAAUCCCCUUACAUACCCUCGGAGCUGAGCGGUAUCUCCGUGAGUCCCAUAAAUCCUCAAACCGGUAUGAAGGGUCAAGCAACAAAGUAUUCCAACUAUAAGAAGUCUCCAGUGAAAACUAAAACACCGUCCACGGUUGAAAUAUCGGCUCCUCUGCCUAAUUCGUUUUCUCAGACAAGCUCCUCCGUCGAAGCUCUGUCGAUGCUUUCGCAAUUGAAACAGCAUUCACACCUGGAGAUUAUACCUCAGCAAAAGGCGCAAAUCAAAUCGACGAUGGACUAUUCGAAAAAUUUGUCCUCAGGUAUGAGCAUGGUACCACAAAAACUGGUCGAUCCUCUGAGGCCAUCUAACGUGGUAGACUGCAUAACAAUAUAUGAUUUGCCUAGAGGAAAAUCGAGUAAUCUUGCUAAUAAAAAAAUGGAGAAACCAAUCAAUGAUAACGUCGAAAUAAUAAUUUUAGACGAUUGAGAAAAAGAUAAGACAAGAGUAACGGAUUCGUCUUGUCAUCGAUUCACCAUUUAAUUUAGUAUAGUAAUAGUUGCUCGAACAAUGCUGUGGAAUAUCUUUGCAACUAUACGAGUUUAUAUCGACUCGAGACGACUGAAACAAAUUACUAGCCUUCUCACUUUUGUGUCUGAGUAUAUCAUGCUGCGCAGGCCUUCCGAUUGUCAUUUAUAUAUAGAUUUAAAGAAAUAACGAUGAUAGUACUAGGUAACAGAUUUGCGCGCGACAAAUUCUCAUUUGUAUAGCUUGUGUUUUAUAAUGAAUAACACCUUAUGGUACCGGUAAAAGGAAAACACUAUUUAUUCGUUUCUGUAUUCGUGUUUUUCUAUACUUUUUAAAUUUGCCACGAAUCCAUAAAGAUCCGCAGUAGUAAUAAUAGUAACAAUAACAGAAACAAAGUAUAUUGUAAAUUAUAAAAGUAUCGUGUAAUUGCAACAAGGAGCAGUGAAAAUGUAAUUUUUCAAACUUAUAACGCUAGCAUAGUUGAAUGUCGCUCACAUAUUAACAACGUCCUAGAAACAACUACUAAUGUUUUACACAAUGCACCAAUCGAUGAACUUUUCUUUUAUAUGUAAAAAUAAAUUAGAUAACAGUCAAGUAUAAUAUUACCUAUUAGCAAGACUUGUACAUUUUCUAAUAAUUAAUUUAUAAAUACAUCUUUACAAUGAACAAGAAACAUGUGCAUAAUGAAGGUGUUUCAAAUAUCGUUCGCUUUUGUAAUAUAAAUCAAGUAAUCAGUUUUUCGAACGUGUAAAAUUUAUUUCUUUGGAAGGCUUAUUAUUAUUAAAAUAUAAAAUGUUAUAUAUGUAAGUUACUAUAUUAUUUGUUAUUCUGGGGUUUUCGUACUAAAAAGGCAUAUUUUAUUAUAUGUAUACAAAUACGAAAUAUUUAUACAAUCA